CUAAAAGAGAGAGAGAGCUCCUAUAACCAAACACACAGACGCACUCUCUCUCUCUCACACAGGGAAAAGAGAGAAGACAGUCCCAUCUCUCCAUUCCGGUCUGCUCAGUGUCUGAAGACAGUGACUUCAUUAUUUUACUCCUUUCCAUAUCUGGAAUUUACUUCUACUUCAAGGGUUUUCAUGAAGCGACAGAGGAGUAAUAUUUGACCCAACAGGAAGAUGGUUCCAGUUAAACUCCUCAUUCUGGGAUCUCAAAACACAGGAAAAACAGCUCUGUGUGUUCGGUUCAUUACCAAGCGCUUCAUUGGGGAAUACGACCAUAAGAAGGAGGUGACCUACAGAUGCAGUCGGCUGGUGGACCAGGAAGGCAUUGAUCUGGAGAUUUUGGAUUUAGCUUGUAAGGACAACUCUGCAGCGUCUCUGGAGGCGUCGCUCCGCUGGGCCGACGGCUUCCUGCUGCUCUACUCCGUCACACAGCGCCUCAGCUUCCUGGAGGUUCCUUGCCUCAAGAAACUCAUCGACCAAUCCAAGCAGAGUCUGGUUGUUCCUACAGUGCUAGUAGCCAAUAAAGCGGACCUGGAAAUCGGCAGAGAGGUCACAACAGAGGAAGGACAGAGACUGGCCAAGGAUUUAAGGUGUGGUUUCAGGGAGCUGUCGGUGGCAGAAGCUGUCUUAGCUGUGGAAGCCGCCGUGCUUCAGCUCAUCAGGCUGGUGUUGGAUCAGCAGCGUUCUCUGCCCGACCGCCGCUCCUACAUGCUGACUGUUCGCCACGCUCUGACCCGGAAGCUGACCCGAUCCAAAACCAUGCAGUGGUGACCGCAGCGAGACACCACUCAGCAGUUAUUACAGUGGGACAUGUGAGAGAAUUGACUUUCAAAGUGUUUGAUGGACGGAGACGGAGGAUGACAGCAGUGGAUGUGUGACGAGGCAAUGACAUCACAGCGGUCACCAAGGAGACGGAAGUUCAGAACCCGAGUCACCUCUUCAUUUCGCUCAGAAUAGACGAUGAGUCAUCCCGGCAUCGUCACGCCAGGAGCCAAUCCGAGGGCCGCGUGUCACCACCUGCAUCAACAGACAACUGUCCAAUCCCAGAGAUACAGCUUUUUAAUUUCUAUACAUUUUAUAUU